UGCAAUGGCGUGACACAGUUUAGAGAAAAUGUGAGGAAGAAACCGCGGAGACUCGAAUGUAUGCAAGUCGCAUAUAUGUGUCAUUUCCUGUCCACUAUCUUUCCAAGACCGCACGUACACAGGACUUGACAAUGUAAAAGAAAGUUGUCCUUUCCAUUGAAUUCAGCGAAGUGAACCGGCACGCAAUAAGCUGAAUGAUCCCCCGACGUAAUCUGCAAGCUUAUUGCCGUCUCAGUGUUGUGAAUUUCAAGGCCUGUGCAUGCUUCUACCUGUCUGAGAUUCUGAGCCAUUGUAAACACUGAGUCAAAUGGAAUGUUAUUCAUCAGACCAGAAGGAGUAUGUGUUUUCGGUGCGGUUAGGACAUUCGGAUCUUACUUACUCUCGCCUUUUCUCAGAAGAAAUUGCAAGAUCGAGAGUUGUCAACAACAAAUGAAUGACAUCUAGGAGCUGGAUCCCCACGUGUGGAUUGUGUGUGUUUCAGUGGAGGAAUUUCUUUAUCUAUUUUGUCUUGAUCUUAUGGUUAGUUCUAUAUCUAGUCCAGUGUUUACAAAGCCAGCAUCAGCGUGAGUAUGAGGCUGAUAGAGCGACCAACGAGGAUUUACCUGUGAGAAAACCCAAGCUUGAAAAUUUUGAAAAUGGCAGAGGACAGGGCCUACAUGACGAACCCUCUUGUAGUGUGGGUGGAAACUUUUCGAGGCAGUGACAGCCCACCUCUGAAAUACAAGGAUUUAUACGAUGGAGUUUUCCUGUGUGAUGUCAUGCAACAGAUUGACCCCAGACCUGCAUACCAGAAUCUACAUAGGGUAGUGGAGGAUGACGCUUCUAUCCGACAGCUGAACUGGGAUUUGCUCAUCAAGAACAUCCGAGCGUACUAUCUGGAGGUACUGCAACAACUGCUCAUCCUCAAACUUCCCAACAUCCACGCCAUCUGCCGCGACCCACAUAAAGACUCCAGCUUUGAGGAGAUCCGCAAGGUGCUGCUGCUGGUGCUGGGAUGUGCUGUCCAGUGUGAACACAAGCAGAGCUUCAUCGAGAACAUCAAGCAGCUCGAGAUAGAAGUGCAGCAUGCCAUCGUGGAACACAUCAAGGAGAUCACAGAUGACAGUGAGGCUGUCCUCCCCAUCGAGCCCCCAGCAGAGCUGGAAGCGUACACGGAGAAGAUGUUUACGCACCUCACCAGGCUGAUCAAGGAGAGGGACGAUGUCUCAGAGCUGAUGACGGACCUGUCCCAGGAGCGAGACUUCUACCAGUCCCAGGCUGAGGGUGCUGCAGCUCCUGUAGUCCCCACAGUCACCCCCGAGAAACAUCAUCUAGCAGUGGAACUCGCUGAGUCCAAGGCCAAGCACCGUUCAUAACGUUAUGACCUGGAAGAGAAACAAGAACAGUUGUCUGACAUCAAGGAUGAGCUGGAGGACACGAAAGGAUCAAUGGCCAAACUCCGGAAUGAGAACCUUGAUCUGACCCAAGACGCGCGGGCAACUCGGGCUCUGAGAGACGAGCUGGAUAUCAUUAAGGAGAAGGCGAGCAAGGUUGACACGUACGAGAAGGAGAUCAGCAAGUACAAGGAGCGACUGAAUGAGCUGGAGUUCUACCGGGCUCGCAUGGAGGAGCUGAGGGAAGAGAACAACAUCCUAGAAGAGACGAAGACCGUUCUGGAGGACCAGCUGGCAAGCAGCCACAAGAGAGUUGAGACUGUUCGCGAACUUGAGAAUGAACUGCUCAAAUUCCUCGAGCUCACCCAGGAAAUGACUGCUGAGAGAGAUGGUGACCGGGAGAAGAUCCAGCAACUAACUGAAGACAUCUUACGACUGGAAAUGGACAAGAAGAACUCAAUGAACGAGAGCGCCAACCUGGAACAGGAACUUCAGGAUGCCAGGCACAGGCCAGGAGUUGUAAGUGGCUCCCUGUCUGACCAGCUGAGUGAAACGUCAAAUGCUAGGAUCCUACGACUGCAGCUGGAGAACCAACAGCUGCACGAGAAGCUCCAGGAAGCAUCAGAGAAUGCACUGAUCCAGAACACAGCCAUCAACCUGGAGAAUGAGAAGGAGAUCCAGAGACUCUCCAAGAAGCUGGAGAAGCUCCAGGAAAGCAAUUCCUUGGCUUCCCAGGAGUGUCUGGACAUGGAGGAGCAGAAGGACGAGCUUUGUCGGGAGAAGGAAAAGUUGAUCGUCACCCUUGAGAUGGUGAAAGAGAACAGUGAUCGGCAGGUGCGCGAACUGGAGGCUGAGAACGAGCAUCUCGCCCAAACCAUCGAUGUUCUCCGGGAACGUAAUGAGAAGUCAAAUGAUGCUCGGACUAAAGAUUUGGAAAGGGAAAAUCGAAGACUCCACGAAACAGUGACAACUAAGAAUGCUAUGCUUUCAAAACUUGAGUUCGAAACAAAACAAUUAAACAGGUCGUGUCAAAAGUUGAAGGAAAAUGUUGAUAAGGUGCCAGAACUUGAGGAUGAAAAUAAUAAACUGGAAAAAGAAAAUUCUGAAAUGCAUAAACAGAUUACCACGCUAGAAUUAACCUGUGAUAAACUUAGUACUGUGGAACAAGAGCUUUCUGAUUUAGAUGUGGAGAACAGGAAGUUGUCCAAAACUGUGGAAACUUUGCAGAAUUCUCUCAGGAAGAAGGAACAGUUGGAGGAACAGAACAUCAACUUGACAGUGGAAAAUCAGAAACUACAGAGAACGUUAGACUCUUUACGUGAUUCCUCAGAGAAAAAUUUCCAGUUAGAAAAUGAUAAGGAUGUGUUAAAUAGAGAAAUACAACAGCUGAAGAAAUCUUUGGAAUCUCAGAAGCAGCAUAAAGCAAAACAAGAACAGAUGGAAUUUGAACUGUUAGACAUAGACAAUGAAAAUCAAAGACUUCAGAAAUCUCUAGAUAUCACCACGAGGAGGAUGGAGCAGUUAGAAAAUGAUAACAGCGAUCUAGAAAAUGAAAAUGAAAAGCUUGCUAAGACAUUAGAAUCAAUGAAAGUAUCAAUCAAAAGGUUAGAAGAGAAAGAGAAAGAAGCUUUGGAGACCGAAACCGAAUUGAGCGAACUGCAAAAAGAGAAGGUUGCUCUGGAAAAAGAGAAUAAGAAAAUUAGGCAGUCGCUUGAUGUACGAGAAUCGUCUUAUGAGGAGGUGACGGCACGUAACGCGGCUCUGGAGCAGCAACACAAGUCUCUGAAGAAGUCCAUGGAGAAACUGAAGGAGACCUGCGCCCGUGUCCGGGACCUGGAGAAGGAGAACAAGGAUCUCCUGCAGGAAGUCCAUCUGGAUAAGAAGACCAUCCCUGCUCUCAGAGAGGACCUGGUGAAUGAAAAGAUUAAGUCCACCACUCUGUGCAAUGAGUUGGAGACCUUGAAACAUGAGCUGGAGCGUGUAGGCAUCAACAAGGAGAAGCUGGUCAUGGCUGAACAGAUGCAGGACGAUAGUCGCUACCAGGCACUGGAGUCCAUGAUGGAGGAUGCCUUCAAGAAGAGCCUGGAUUUGAAGGAGCAAAAGAUACAGCUAUUAGAAAGCCGGUUGGAGGAGUCAAAGAGCUGGAACCAGAAGCUGAAUGAGGACCUGCGAGAGGCGCGACGUGAGUCCGAGAUGCUGAAACAGAGACAUGAAGAAGAGGAGAUCUACAGGGAGAGUGACAGGAAGAAUGAGUCUGUGCGGUCAGAGCAUCACCAUCAUCAUCAUGCCACACAGGACAUCCUGGAUCUCAAGGACCAUCUGGUGCAGGUGGAAAGGACGAAUGCCACACUGAUGUCAGAGAACAGUAACCUUAAAAGCCAGAACACCUACCUGAAUGACCACAUUCAGAAACUAGAUGAUCAGAAUCUCAACCUCCAGUCCCGGACAUCCUCCCUCCAAGAGCAGUUCGUUGCCUUACAGUCUCAGAAUGCCAAGCUCCAGGUUGAAACAACGACCCUCCAGUCCAAGUGUUCAUCUCUCUUCUCACACAACAACGCUCUGCAGAGUCAGAUGUCCACCCUGGAGUCGGAACACGAACUGUUGAUCCAGAACCAUGAGGACCUCCAGACAUCACAUGAGUCCUUUGUGUCAGACCAUGAGUCCCUGCAGCAGCUUCAUGAGCAACUGACAACAGACUACGAGUCCCUCAUCUCCGAACAUGGGUCCCUGAAGUCCAUCCAUAAGUCUCUGAAGAACGAGCUGAAGGACCUUCAGGAGCAGCUGGACUCCUUGCUGCAAGGGAAGGAUGAUGUCAACAAGCUGCGAGAGGUUCUAGAGCGGGAGAGAGAGCAGCUCAAGUCUGAACUCAGGGCUCUGGGCAAUCUUCAGAUGGACUAUGACAAGCCGGAUGAGCAUGAUCGAUUGAGAAGUGGUUACGAUAAACUGAGUCAAGAUUAUCGCGGGGUUUUGACUGAUCACAAGCAGAUGAAGAAGGACAACCACACACUGAAUCUGAAGAACACGGAGAUGACGGGGGAGGUCGGGGAAUAUAAAGACACCGUAACCACCAUGGAUGUGGAGAUGCAGAAACUGGAGAACAGGUUUGAUGCACUGUACCAGGUGAACCAGAAGUUGGAUGAGGAGAACCGCGCAUUGCUGUACCAGGUGCAGCAGCUUCUCAAUCAGAACCAAGACCUCCUUACUCAGGCCCUCAACAGCAAGGACCAACAGCAGGAGGAGCAGAAGUCCUACAUAGAGAAGUUGGCUGACCUGCGUCGGCAGAAAGAGCGUCUGGAGGAGAAGAUCAUGGAACACUACAAGAACAGAUGGGACUCCCCCAAGAAGAACAAGGGUUUCGGUGCAAUGAUAGCCAGGAAGGCCAAGGGAAUUAUUUCUCGGAGACAGCGAAGUAAAAGUCGACCAAAUCUGGCAUCAGAGAGUCCUGAGAACUCAACCAUGGGAUCUAUGUCACAUGCAGAGUCAGGCGACCACAUCAACGACAGUCGGAAAUCAGACAAACGAAUGAGGCGGAGUAGCGAGGGUAGUGCGCUACUGGCCACACCCAAACUGGCAAAGCAAAAUAAAAGUCUAGCCAAAUCAACCACUGCUCUCAACUUCACGCAAUCUCCUAAGGAUAGGCCGAAACUCCGAGGUGCAAAAUCCACUGAGGAUAUCGUGAAUGACUUGUCACACAGUGGGAGCGGGGAGAAGGACUCCUUGUCGUCAGGCAACUCCACACAGCUUCUUCCAGGUUUGGGGCGUCAGUACCAGGCUGCAGAUGAGGAGGCUGGCUUCAUGCCGCUGUCACCUAAGUCUCCUGUUGCCCGGCGACCAGGCUCACCUGGAAGUGAGAUGCUCACCUUGGCACAGUUCCUUAACGAGGCCAACAAGCAGAGUCCUCCAAGGAAGUCUGUAGACCGGAGGAGCCAGGAUGAAGAGUCCCGUAGUACGGGGAGUGCUAGUUCCGACCCGGCAAGUCGUGCCAUGAGGAAGCCCUCGUCUGUGUCCCAACAGCAUGACAUGAGCCAUCGCUACAGUACCCAUGGCAACCAUGGCAGCCACAUCCCGGAUGUUGCCGCAUCAGCACAGCCAAACACAGAUCUGAACAUGUCUGUACUGUCAAGGAUAUCAGGUGGAAGUGCUAACAUUCCAGAAACAUCUCCACCUCCAAGCAACCGACAAGAUCUGAAAACAUCCACUCCUAAAGCUAAUACUGAACUUUAUGGUCCUCGAGCCUAUACAUACGAAAGAUCAAAAACACUGGAAAAUACAAAAUGGCAAAAUAUGCAAAACUCUUCACAACGCCUUCCAGUUGAAGAUGCCCGUUCACCACCUCACACUUAUGCAAAGAGAUUGGAGGACUAUAGGGCUCCUCAGGGAGCUGAGACAAGUCUCUUGAACACGUCCACUGUGUCUUACCAGUACGGUCAGCCCAUACCUCAAAUGUCUAGUCCAGAGCCAGUACGUUCUCCUCCUCCACCUCCAGGUGCCAGGCCGUCCCAGAGAGAACUACCUCCAACUCCAGUAGAAAGAGUCAAUCUGGCUCCAGCUGAGCGACUGGACCGUCUGACCAUGAUGGGCAGUGGCAGCUCAUCCACUGAUCAGGCCUCCCUUCCUGGUCACUAUAGCAACAGGCAGAGUCACAUGGGUGAUGGUCGUGGGUACGAUAGAGAGAGCAGCUCCGGACAUUUCAGUCGGGAACCAAGACCACAACCUCAGGGAGGUAUACGCGGUCAGUCACCAGCUGCACCUAGAAACUACAGGUCUCACUCGCCAGGAGGAAGUAGUAAUCACUAUGCAACACCAAGCAGACCGUCCUUGCCCAGCACUUCUUCUACCAGCUCCCAGGAGAGAGGGCAGGGAGACAGACCUCCACCGUAUGGUAGGCCAACAGGAGCAGCAGCACAGUUCCAACACAGAACACAAAACAGUUUGGUUCCUAACAACCGUCCUUCAUCAAACCGUCCUGCUAGUGUCAUGGGUCAUCCAGCCUUCCAGGUUUCAUCUCAGGGUUCCUCCAGGACUGACCCUAUUUAUUCCACAGUAGAUAAAGUCCGAUCCAGCCGACCAACAACUCUGGAAGGUGGUUCUGGCACAAAGCCUCAUUCAUCGGCAUCACAGACUAAUGGCCCUUACACUCAGAACAGCUACACUUCUCGGUCACAAACGGCAGAGCGGCCAAAGUCUGUUCCACCACAUCUGUUCAAUCAGAACAUGAACAAUGACUAUCAGCCCUCAGCUCAGAGGCGAGGUAAUGUUCCUCCUGUGCCUCCUCCAAGGAGGAGUAGGGAACCAGGGCCAAUAAGCCAGCCAGGAAACACGGUCAGUUUAAUUCGUGAACCGGGCAGUCUAGGAUCUCGGCCCUCAAUUGACGGCUCCAAUGUUCCUGGUCCUCAACAACCGUCCAACAGUCAGAUGGGGUUGUCAGCCACAGCAAGGCUCUUGCCCAACACUGCCCGGCAUCAGACUCCUACAGCCCGUAUACAGCCGCAGGCCAAAUCCUCAUCCAGUAAGACUGCUCAGGCUGUCAGGCCAGUCAAACCUGAGGACCAACCACAACAGAGACCUGACCAAGGUCAAGGUCAAGGUCAAGGUCAAGGUCAGGGACAGGGUCAAGGACAGGGACCAAACAAGAGCUCUGUGUGGUAUGAAUAUGGUUGUGUGUAGCCUUGUGUGUGUCUUUAGGUUUUAUCAAAUUCAUUCCAGUUUAUAUGAAGCAAAUGUUUGAACAUAUGUUUAUGUUGAUCUUGUAGUAAAUUAAUAUCACAAUAUUCUCAGUUAAUGUUUGUAAAUAAAUCACAGGCUAUAAGACUGAAAUUAGUACUGAAAGGACUGUUCCAGUUCCCAAUGCAAUAUCAGGGACCUGUUAUAAGAAUUCUGUGAUAUGUUUGGCUCCAGAUACCAAAUGUAUAUUAAUCAUUUUAGUACAUAAACAUUCCAGCAUUUAGUGCUCUGUAGAUUCUUAACAUGUACCAUGCAAGUAUCCCAUUUUUUCAUGAUCGUGUUUGAUAGGAAAAGAUUUUACAGUCAAAAAUGCAUUUUUAACCCUUAAGCAUUGAUGGAUUAUCCCAACUGCUUUGGUAAUGACCAUGAUUGUCAUAUUGCUUGAUUCAUUCCCAUACAUGGCUUUGUUAUAUGUUAACGCUUUGCAUCUACUAAGUUGUUACAGCUCAAUGGAAAGCUAUGUAAAUCUAAGCACUACAAUUGUACAGCUCUAUCUCCAAGAAAUGAGGAUUUUACAGGAAAAGGAAUUUCAAUAAAUUCACCAAAUUUCC